GCUUAUAUAUACAUGCAUCUUUAGUUCCCGGGUAACUAUUUAUUUUUCUGUGUGUUCUAAGACAAAGAAGAGAAAAGAGACAGUGAAGGAGAAAAAAAGGAUGUCUUCUCUAGAGGAAGGGAGAUCGCUCUCGGAAAAUGGUUCUCUACAGAAUGAAGGCAAUGGACUCUACACAGGAGACGGCUCAGUUGACUUUAAAGGGAAGCCUGUUCUAAAAAAGAAUACUGGACUGUGGAAAGCAUGCCCCUUUAUUCUAGGUUUUGGAUGCUGUGAACGUUUGGCAUACUAUGGGAUUGCCAGUAAUCUUGUUAAUUACCUUACCAAUAGACUACACGAAGCAAAUGUUUCUGCUGCAAGAAAUGUUAACAAUUGGCAAGGCACUUGCUAUUUUAUACCCCUCGUUGGUGGUGUUAUCGCCGAUACUUUCUUGGGAAGAUAUUGGACUGUUGGUGUGUUCUCCGCAAUUUACUUAUUGGGAAUGUGUACAUUGACACUUUCGGCAUCAGUUUCUGCAUUGAAGCCUGCGGAUUGUGUGGGUUCUGUAUGCCCUUCAGCUUCUCCACCUCAGUAUGCAGUAUUCUUCAUUGGACUCUAUCUUAUUGCACUGGGGACUGGAGGAGUCAAACCUUGUAUUUGGCCUUUUGGACCAGAUCAAUUUGAUGAUACCGACCCCAAGGAAAAGGGAAAGAAGGGAGCCUUCUUCAACUGGUUUUACUUUUCUAACAACCUAGGCGCUCUUGUGUCGAGUAGUUUUCUGGUGUGGGUUCAAGACAAUGCUGGUUGGGGUAUAGGAUUUGGCAUUCCUUCAGUAUUUAUGGCCAUUGCUAUUGCCAGUUUCUUUUCAGGGACUCCCUUCUAUAGAUUUCAAAAACCAGGGGGAAGCCCUCUCAAAAGAAUUUGCCAGGUUUUGGUUGCAUCCUUCCAUAAGUGGAAGCUGGAGGUCCCCAAGGAUACUAGUCUCCUGUAUGAAACCCAGAAUGAAAGCUCUGCAAUUAAAGGAAGUCGUAAACUGGAGCACAGUGAUGGACUGAAGUUACUUGAUAAAGCAGCUGUGGUAUCAGAUUCUGAGAUGAACGACCCGAACUCAUCCAGUCCAUGGAGGCUUUGCUCUGUAACACAGGUGGAGGAAUUGAAAAUCCUGACCCGCAUGUUUCCAAUCUGGUCAACAGGAAUUGUGUUUUCUGCUGUUUACGCCCAAAUGUCUACACUGUUUGUUGAACAGGGGAAGACGAUGGACAAAGCAAUGGGUUCUAAUUUCAACAUUCCUCCAGCAUCUUUAUCAAUCUUUGCCAUCAUCAGUAUCAUUAUUUGGAUCCCCAUCUACGAUAGAGUACUUGUUCCAAUUGCAAGGAAGUUUACAGGAAAGCAGAAGGGCAUCUCGGAGCUGCAGCGAAUGGGAAUUGGGCUCUUCAUUUCCAUCCUAAGCAUGUCAGCUGCUGCUCUAGUAGAGAUUAAACGAUUGCAUCUUGCAAGAGAGCUUGGUUUGGUUCACAAAAAGGUUACUCUCCCAUUUAGUAUUUUUUGGCAAAUACCCCAAUACUUCUUGUUGGGCGCCGCAGAGGUAUUCACAUUCAUUGGGCAGCAUGAGUUCUUCUAUGAGCACGCCCCAGAUGCCAUGCGGAGUCUAUGCAGUGCAUUGUCACUUCUGACAAAUUCACUGGGGAAUUAUCUCAGCUCUUUGAUUCUUACUAUUGUUACUUCUUACACCACAAAGGGCGGGAAGGUUGGAUGGAUACCAAAUAACCUGAAUGAGGGCCAUAUUGAUUAUUUUUUCUGGCUUUUAGCUGGACUCAGCUUCUUAAACUUGCUCGUCUAUAUAGUUUGUGCCAUCAACUACAAACAGAAGAAGACUUCUUCUCCUUAAGCUUCCCUCGAGGCUCCAUGCGUCAAGUGUGUUUUGUUUUCUGUGUUUAGGAGUGUUUUGUGUUUGAAUCGGGGGAUGAUAUUAUUGUUAUGGCCGGAAGGAAAUAAGUCCAAAACUCUGUAUUAAUUGUAAAAUUACCUUCUAAAGUUAUAUGGAAAUUGAUUGCUUGUAAUUAAAGUCUCACAUUUU